CGUUGGGUCAGGUCAACAGGCGGAGUGGACGAUAUAUUUGUAAGGAUUACAUCGCUGUGUGUGUGUUGACUUUGGCUGGAUAUAAAAAAGUGACAAUGAUUAAGUUAUUUUCACUAAAACAACAGAAAAAAGACGGCGUAGACGUCAGUGAGAAAUCCGGUAGCCAAAAGAAAGCGUCUGCAGCCCAGUUAAGAAUACAAAAAGACAUCAAUGAACUGAAUUUACCAAAAACAUGUCAAGUAGAUUUUCCUGACCCAGAUGAUCUUUUAAACUUCAAAUUAAAUAUUUGUCCAGAUGAGGGGUUUUACAGAGCAGGACGGUUUGUGUUUAGUUUUAAAGUUGGUCAAGGCUACCCUCAUGACCCUCCCAAAGUAAAGUGUGAAACCAUGGUCUACCAUCCUAACAUAGACCUAGAGGGGAAUGUGUGUCUAAACAUAUUACGAGAGGAUUGGAAGCCUGUGCUAACAGUCAACUCAAUAGUAUACGGAUUACAGUACCUGUUUUUAGAACCCAAUCCAGAAGAUCCUCUGAACAAGGAGGCAGCAGAGGUUCUCCAGAACAACCGCAGACUAUUUGAGCAGAAUGUGUCCAAGUCUAUGCGUGGUGGUUAUAUAGGAUCUGUGUACUUUGAUAGAUGUUUAAAAUAAGGACAGUUGGGAUGAUCUUGGCAUAAGAAAUAUAUUAUCAUAUGGAGGCAUAUGGAGACGCAUGACGCAUCAUUUGGAUUAAUUUGGUCAAGACUUUGUAAGUGCUGUAACAGUCGGAGAUUAUGACAGGUGUGAUGUCUUUAUCAACAGGUUGUAACAGACUUUUUGUGUGUGUGGCUACUGGUGCAGUGUGGGGAGGGGACACACUGGUCAGGUCACAAGUCCUGGAAUAUACACUGGUGUGAGUAGUCAGGUCUUGUCUACAUUAAGCCGAAGAAUACUUCAAGAAUGGUCAUGUAGUGUUGAUUGUAUUUAAGAAUAAUAUAGUUAACACUAGUCUUGUUCCUCAUCAUAUGGAGGGAAUUGACAAAGGGGCCUAUAUAUGUAUUGAAUUAUGUAUACAUGUCAAAUCCUUGUUUGAAAAAUAGAUAUAGCUUGUUGAAUAUUUGUGUAUUUCAUGCUUGUUACCAUAAUGAUGCCAUGUUUAAGAUGAACCUAGUGUGAUAAAUGACAUUUGGCCCCUCUUGUUCCAGCAAAUAUUAACAUUCUCAUCUUGUGUAAUCUGUAUGCGACAGUGUGCCUCUGGACAGAAAUGAUAAGUGCUGCAAUUAUGGUGACAAAUAAUAUACAUCUAUAACAUAUUCUAAUGUUACCUGUACAGAGGAUGUACACCAAGUGUACGGGUAUCUUCAGUUAUGUAUUACUGUAUCAAUUAUAAACCUCGUACCUGUCCAUCUUCCCGUUUUUGGGAGAUCUCCUAAUUUUAACUCUGAAAUAUUAGUUUUGGAUUCUGCAUAAUUUGAUAACCUUGCAUCUAUACUGCAUUUAAUCAGUACUGUACAUUGCAUAGAACGGUUCAAACAAGCAAUACUGCACUAUCAUUUUGUCAAUAGACUGUUAUUUAACUAGGUAUGUAAAGGUUUUGAAAAUCUUACUACUUUAUUAAUUUCCACCAAACUUUUCUCUCCCAUUUCAAAUAUAAAAAGUUGUUGGAUAAUUAUGAAAGUUAUCUUAGAUCUUAAAACAAAAAAAGAGUCAGUGUCAUUUUCUUUUACAAAGUGUGUUAUUUGUUGAUGAUUGGGGAGUAUCAAAGGCUGUCCAAUGGACAGACAAUUUCACUAGCCAGAUGCCUGACAAGGCUAGUAGUUUAAUGUGCCAUGGUCUCUGAAACUAUGGGUUGGUGUUGUUAAAUGUUUCAAAACCAGUCUGUCAGCUAGUACAUACAAAAUUGCCAGGUCCUUAAUGCAGAAAUGGAAAACAAAAAACAAACAAAAAACAGAUCAUGAAAAUUAAUGGUUAUAUAACUAUAAACCAGAAAAAUAUUUAAAUGGCCUGAAGUUCAAGUGUAUUGGUAUAUGUUGUAUGAUUUUGUAUUACGUUCGGCUAUAAGAAUGCUUGUAAUAUGAAUAUCAAACAUUAGCAGAUUCUGUCAUUGUUAAAGACAGGUGAUAACAAAAAAAGAAUAAUCAUUAUUUACCUGUCUUUAACAAACAAACAAAAAAUCUACUGUUGAGUUUCCGCUCUAGGAACAUAAUUUAAUAGGAUUUCUAUACAAAAAUUUUCUUUCGGAGUAUCAGUUUUUAAAGUUUUGAAAAAAAAUCUCUUCUCAAAACUUGCAAAUACAUUGAACACCAGAUUCUCAUGGCAUAUAGGGUAAAGAAAUUUUUGGUCAGUUAGCGCAGAAAUCUGUCUUCUUUUACGACAGUAAUACCAGGUAGUUACAAUAGAUGUAUUGUAUUCAAAUUGAAAACAAAAUUAAUGGUAUUAAAAUAUUGUUUAAAAUGUG